GCUGAACGUCCAAGAAUAUUCGGUGUAUUGGAAAGACAGACGGUUUCUUUGUCCUGGUGGUGUGGACUUUCAUUGAUUUUCUUACUAUGAAUGCCCACAGGAAAAUGAAUCCCAGAGCUGUACAUGACGACAUUUAUGUACUUUGAUAUUAUAUUUACUUUGCACUUUGAUUCUCCGUGGAAAUCCCAGUGACACAAACGGACCAAUACUGUUCCUCCUCUGUUUGUGUUGUGUGAAAGAGUUCCCCAGAAGGCUGGAACCUGCACUCCAAUAACUCAACCAACAGUGAAACGAAGAAUUUCAGACUGAUGUUUCUGUCAGCAAUGUCCUGACUUCACCUACCCCACGCACAAACUGCUCAAGGUGUAGUCAGCCAUGUUGCAGACCUGUCCCUUGCACUGUAUUUGACAGAGAAUUCCCCAAACCAACAGGUCUGCUGAAGAUAUCACAGAAUUUUAACUUCAAUUGAGAAAUGGAUCAGUUCACCUUUCCAUGUACAUUAAUUUGUAAAUUGAUUUCAGAACAUUAAUCUACUAUAAUUAGUAUUGUUAAAUGCAAAAUUCUCUCCACACUGUCCGAUCACCCGCUUCUAGGGCAGGGACCAAAAGGGUUGGAUACACAGCAAAUCUCUGUCUACAUACUCCCAUCACACAAUCCCAGGGUGAGACACAGAGUGAAGCUCCCUCUGACCCAUCCCAUCACACACUCCUGGGUUCAGACACAGAGUGAAGCUCCCUCUGACCCAUCCCAUCACACACUCCUGGGUUCAGACACAGAGUGAAGCUCCCUCUAACCCAUCCCAUCACACACUCCUGGGUUCAGACACAGAGUGAAGCUCCCUCUGACCCAUCCCAUCACACACUCCUGGGUUCAGACACAGAGUGAAGCUCCCUCUAACCCAUCCCAUCACACACUCCUGGGUUCAGACACAGAGUGAAGCUCCCUCUGACCCAUCCCAUCACACACUCCUGGGUUCAGACACAGAGUGAAGCUCCCUCUGACCCAUCCCAUCACACACUCCUGGGUUCAGACACAGAGUGAAGCUCCCUCUGACCCAUCCCAUCACACACUCCUGGGUUCAGACACAGAGUGAAGCUCCCUCUGACCCAUCCCAUCACACACUCCUGGGUUCAGACACAGAGUGAAGCUCCCUCUGACCCAUCCCAUCACACACUCCUGGGUUCAAACACAGAGUGAAGCUCCCUCUGACCCAUCCCAUCACACACUCCUGGGUUCAGACACAGAGUGAAGCUCCCUCUGACCCAUCCCAUCACACACUCACGGGUCCAGACACAGAGUGAAGCUCCCUCUGACCCAUCCCAUCACACGCUCCUGGGUUCAAACACAGAGUGAAGCUCCCUCUGACCCAUCCCAUCACACACUCCUGGGUUCAAACACAGAGUGAAGCUCCCUCUGACCCAUCCCAUCACACACUCACGGGUCCAGACACAGAGUGAAGCUCCCUCUGACCUAUCCCAUCACACACUCCUGGGUUCAAACACAGAGUGAAGCUCCCUCUGACCCAUCCCAUCACCCAUGCCUUGGUUCAGACCCAGAGUGAAGUUCCCUCUGACCCAUCCCAUCAAGCACUCCUGGGUUCAGACACAGAGUGAAGCUCCCUCUGACCCAUCCCAUCACACACUCCUGGGUUCAGACCCAGAGUGAAGCUCCCUCUGACCCAUCCCAUCACCCACGCCUUGGUUCAGACCCAGAGUGAAGUUCCCUCUGACCCAUCCCAUCAAGCACUCCUGGGUUCAGACACAGAGUGAAGCUCCCUCUGACCCAUCCCAUCACACACUCCUGGGUUCAGACACAGAGUGAAGCUCCCUCUGACCCAUCCCAUCACACACUCCUGAGUUCAAACACAGAGUGAAGUUCCCUCUGACCCAUCCCAUCAAGCACUCCUGGGUUCAGACACAGAGUGAAGCUCCCUCUGACCCAUCCCAUCACACACUCCUGGGUUCAGACACACUGAAUCUUCCUCUACUCUGUCCCAUCACAGACUUUCAGGAGAUAGUCAGCAUGCAUAACUAACAGAAUAGAAGUCAUUCUACACACUGGUCCCCAACCUUUUUUAUGCCAUGGACCAAAACCAAUAGGCACCAGGUUGGGAAUGCCAGCUCUGCACACUCCUAUCACGCGAUUUGCAUGUGGGCUCCAGUCAGAGAAUGCUCCUCCUACACUGUCGAAACUCAUACUGCCAAGGCAGAAGCAGCCCCUAGUGUAUGGGUGAGUGGUUGAUUCCCUGGGUUGGGGGGUGGGAGCUAUUGAAAUGGAUGAGUUGCUGGGCAACGUGGUUCAUUGAGCCAAAUGAGCCGGUUCUAUGCUAUAUAUCUACAUAAAUAAAUUGUUAGCUCCUGAUGAGAGGUCUGUGCAGAGAAAGUCAACACUCUGCUCUGGUCCACUGUCAAAAGCUUUUAAAAACUCCCUUCGGUUUGUCUCAGAGGCACCACCUUGCUGCUGGACCUUUGAACGAGCUAUUUUGAGCGCUGACCUCACCGUUCAUCAGCCACCAUUCUACCCUUUGGCCUAUUCGCCCAUCUUCUCAGCCAAGCCCAGUCGCACGACAAUUUACCUACUUACCAGUACGUCUUUGGACUGUGGGAGGAAACCGGGGCACCCGGAGGAAACCCACAGGGUCACGGGGUGAACAUACACACUCCUUACAGAUCACAUCAGAAUUGAACCUUGAACUCCAACGCCAAGAAUCACACUGAACCCCGCACUACCGCAGCUCGACUCGACUUUGCCAGAUCCCGAGAGGGACUGGCCCAGAUGGUGUUGAGGAUUUGCUUCAUACAACAAUGGGACAGAUAUAUCUCACAUUGGCUGAACAAUUUGAGCAGACGAACAGUCUUCUUGACAACUUUGUGUUCAAAACAAGUAGAAAGGAAAUCACUUGUGUGCAGGACACAGUCUACCUGCAGUAAUGACCUGAAACAGAUUCCAGCACCUACUCUGACAGCGUGUUCCAGAUAUCAUCAGUCUCUUUACAUCACCAACCUCUCACCUUAAAGCCAUGCUCACCUGGCCUGACAUACAUCAGGUCACUCCCUCAGCCUCGUUUUCACCAAGUGAGUCAAGCCCAGUCUAAUUGAUGUCAACCCUGAACUGAAGCCUUCUAAACCAAACAGCUCGGGAGAGACCCUCUGAGCCUCCUCCAGCCCAUCCCAUGAAGGGAAAUGUGUUCCACGCCGUCUUCACCACCCAAGAAUCACACAAAUCAAUAGCAGUGAAACAGGCCACUCAGUCCGUCUAGUCCAUGUGGAACUAGUAUUCCGCCUAAUCCCAUCGAGCUGCACCUAGAUCACAGCCAAACACACCAUAAAUCAACCUGCAUCCACCAUGUCUGGCUGGUAGCUUGUAGAGGGUAAGCCUCACUGAGAUCUUACCCAAUUUCAAUAUAACACCCCAACUUUUUCAAACUUAUUCACAUCUUUCCUGGCAGCCUCUGCUGCUACUUUCAAGGAGCUUAUGGUCUGGGCCCCGUUCCAGUCACUGGGUAAGUCCUAUCCUUAUUUGACUUCCUGGGAAAAAAAUCUCCUGCCCUUACUGGGACUGAACUCCAUUUGCCAACUUUCCAUCUAAUCCACAUCCUGCCUUGGACAAUCUUCCUUCCUGUCCACUACACUGAGUGUGUGUCCCCUGCAAACUUAAUUAAGAGUGAUUAGCGUUGUCACAUGUACAAUACACCGAAACACAGUCAGAUGUGACGUUUGUGUCAAUGACCAACACUGUCCGAGGAGCAGCCUAAAAGUAUUCCCACGAUUUAGCACCUACACCUCAUGCUUGCAAUUUACCGUCCCUAAUCUGUGUGUAUCUGGACUGUGGGAGGAAACUGAUGCGGUCACGGGGAGAAUAUACAAACUCCUUAGAGACAGCAGCCGGAAUUGAAUGCCAGCCGCUGGUGCUGUGAAGUUUUGGGCGAGCCGCAAUCCUGCCGCGGCCAUUUGUUUAUUUAUUUGGUUACAGAUACAUCAUGGAACUGACCUUUCAGGCCCAAUUAGCAAACCACAGGUUUAACGCCAGCCCAGUCACAAGACCAUUUACUAUGAUCAACUAACCAACUAACCAGCACUUGGACGUGUAACCUGUAGAGUUGUGGACCAAGAUAGAAUCGGAUUAGGCAGGGUCAUCACUUUGCCCUGAAUGAGGACUCUUUUCCACAUCACGAUGAUUGUACACCAUUGAGUAAGUAGAGUGAUGGUCCCUCAAUACCGAGUCACCACACACCACCGGAGCAGGUUCAAUAUGGGGCAGAUAGAAAAUACCCCCCCAGGCAGGGACAGCGUGGUCAGACAAAACUCCCUCUGCACCAUCCAUCACACACUCCCGGGGUCAGACACAACUCCCUCUACACCACCCAUCACACACUCCCGGGGUCAGACACAACUCCCUCUGUACCAUCCGUCACACACUCCCAGGGUCAGACACAACUCCCUCGACACCACCCAUCACACACUCCCAGGGUCAGACACAACUCCCUCUACACCAUCCCGUCACACACUCCCGGGGUCAGAUACAACUCCCUCUGCACCAUCAGUCACACACUCCCGGGGUCAGAUACAACUCCCUCUGCACCAUCCAUCACACACUCACAGGGGUCAGACACAACUCCCUCUGCACCAUCCUGUCACAUACUCCCAGGGUCAGACACAACUCCCUCUGUACCAUCCGUCACACACUCCCAGGGUCAGACACAACUCCCUCUACACCAUCCCGUCACACACUCCCGGGGUCAGACACAACUCCCUCUACACCAUCCCGUCACACACUCCCAGGGUCAGACACAACUCCCUCUGCACCAUCCCGUCACACACUCCCGGGGUCAGACACAACUCCCUCUGCACCAUCCGUCACACACUCCCAGGGUCAGACACAACUCCCUCUACACCAUCCCGUCACACACUCCCGGGGUCAGACACAACUCCCUCUGCACCAUCCGUCACACACUCCCGGUGUCAGACACAGCUCCCUCUACCCCAUCCGUCACACUCUCCCAGGGUCAGACACAACUCCCUGUACCCCACCCGUCACACACUCCCAGGGUCAGACACAACUCCCUCUGCACCAUCCGUCACACACUCCCAGGGUCAGACACAACUCCCUCUACACAAUCCAUCACACACUCCCAGGGUCAGACACAACUCCCUCUGCACCAUCCUGUCACACACUCCUGGGGUCAGACACAACUCCCUCUACAACAUCCAUCACACACUCCCGGGGUCAGACACAACUCCCUCUACACCACCCAUCACACACUCCCGGGGUCAGACACAACUCCCUCUGUACCAUCCGUCACACACUCCCAGGGUCAGACACAACUCCCUCGACACCACCCAUCACACACUCCCAGGGUCAGACACAACUCCCUCUACACCAUCCCGUCACACACUCCCGGGGUCAGAUACAACUCCCUCUGCACCAUCAGUCACACACUCCCGGGGUCAGAUACAACUCCCUCUGCACCAUCCGUCACACACUCCCGGGGUCAGACACAACUCCCUCUGCACCAUCCGUCACACACUCCCGGUGUCAGACACAGCUCCCUCUACCCCAUCCGUCACACUCUCCCAGGGUCAGACACAACUCCCUGUACCCCACCCGUCACACACUCCCAGGGUCAGACACAACUCCCUCUGCACCAUCCGUCACACACUCCCAGGGUCAGACACAACUCCCUCUACACAAUCCAUCACACACUCCCAGGGUCAGACACAACUCCCUCUGCACCAUCCUGUCACACACUCCUGGGGUCAGACACAACUCCCUCUACAACAUCCAUCACACACUCCCGGGGUCAGACACAACUCCCUCUACACCACCCAUCACACACUCCCGGGGUCAGACACAACUCCCUCUGUACCAUCCGUCACACACUCCCAGGGUCAGACACAACUCCCUCGACACCACCCAUCACACACUCCCAGGGUCAGACACAACUCCCUCUACACCAUCCCGUCACACACUCCCGGGGUCAGAUACAACUCCCUCUGCACCAUCAGUCACACACUCCCGGGGUCAGAUACAACUCCCUCUGCACCAUCCAUCACACACUCACAGGGGUCAGACACAACUCCCUCUGCACCAUCCUGUCACAUACUCCCAGGGUCAGACACAACUCCCUCUGUACCAUCCGUCACACACUCCCAGGGUCAGACACAACUCCCUCUACACCAUCCCGUCACACACUCCCGGGGUCAGACACAACUCCCUCUACACCAUCCCGUCACACACUCCCAGGGUCAGACACAACUCCCUCUACACCAUCCCGUCACACACUCCCGGGGUCAGACACAACUCCCUCUGCACCAUCCGUCACACACUCCCAGGGUCAGACACAACUCCCUCUACACCAUCCCGUCACACACUCCCGGGGUCAGACACAACUCCCUCUGCACCAUCCGUCACACACUCCCGGUGUCAGACACAGCUCCCUCUACCCCAUCCGUCACACUCUCCCAGGGUCAGACACAACUCCCUGUACCCCACCCGUCACACACUCCCAGGGUCAGACACAACUCCCUCUGCACCAUCCGUCACACACUCCCAGGGUCAGACACAACUCCCUCUACACAAUCCAUCACACACUCCCAGGGUCAGACACAACUCCCUCUGCACCAUCCUGUCACACACUCCUGGGGUCAGACACAACUCCCUCUACAACAUCCAUCACACACUCCCGGGGUCAGACACAACUCCCUCUGCACCAUCCAUCACACACUCCCGGGGUCAGACACAACUCCCUCUACACCAUCCGUCACACAGUCCCGGGGUCAGACACAACUCCCUCUGUACCAUCCCGUCACACACUCCCAGGGUCAGAUACAACUCCCUCUACACCAUCCGUCACACACUCCCGGGGUCAGACACAACUCCCUCUACACCAUCCGUCACACAGUCCCGGGGUCAGACACAACUCCCUCUACACCAUCCGUCACACAGUCCCGGGGUCAGACACAACUCCCUCUGCACCAUCCGUCACACAGCCCUGGGGUCAGACACAACUCCCUCUGCACCAUCCCGUCACACACUCCCGGGGUCAGACACAACUCCCUCUGCACCAUCCCGUCACAUACUCCCGGGGUCAGAACAACUCCCUCUGCACCAUCCGUCACACACUCCCGGGGUCAGACACUACUCCCUCUGCACCAUCCGUCACACACUCCCGGGGUCAGACACAACUCCCUCUACACCAUCCCGUCACACUCUCCCAGGGUCAGACACAACUCCCUCUGCACCAUCCGUCACACAGCCCUGGGGUCAGACACAACUCCCUCUGCACCAUCCCGUCACACACUCCCGGGGUCAGACACAACUCCCUCUGCACCAUCCCGUCACAUACUCCCGGGGUCAGAACAACUCCCUCUGCACCAUCCGUCACACACUCCCGGGGUCAGAACAACUCCCUCUGCACCAUCCGUCACACACUCCCGGGGUCAGACACAACUCCCUCUGCACCAUCCGUCACACACUCCCGGGGUCAGACACAACUCCCUCUACACCAUCCAUCACACACUCCCGGGGUCAGACACAACUCCCUCUACACUAUCCGUCAUACACUCCCAGGAUCAGACACAACUCCCUCUGCACCAUCCGUCACACACUCCCGGGGUCAGACACAACUCCCUCUACACUAUCCGUCACACACUCCCAGGGUCAGACACAACUCCCUCUACACCAUCCCGUCACACACUCCCGGGGUCAGACACAACUCCCUCUACACCAUCCCGUCACACACUCCCGGGGUCAGAUACAACUCCCUCUGCACCAUCCAUCACACACUCCCGGGGUCAGACACAACUCCCUCUACACCAUCCGUCACACACUCCCGGGGUCAGACACAACUCCCUCUGCACCAUCCCGUCACACACUCCCGGGGUCAGACACAACUCCCUCUGCACCAUCCCGUCACACACUCCCGGGGUCAGACACAACUCCCUCUGCACCAUCCGUCACACACUCCCAGGGUCAGACACAACUCCCUCUACACCAUCCCGUCACACACUCCCGGGGUCAGACACAACUCCCUCUGCACCAUCCGUCACACACUCCCGGUGUCAGACACAGCUCCCUCUACCCCAUCCGUCACACUCUCCCAGGGUCAGACACAACUCCCUCUACACUAUCCGUCACACACUCCCGGUGUCAGACACAGCUCCCUCUACCCCAUCCGUCACACUCUCCCAGGGUCAGACACAACUCCCUCUACCCCAUCCGUCACACACUCCCGGUGUCAGACACAACUCCCUCUACACCAUCCGUCACACACUCCCGGGGUCAGAUGCAACUCCCUCUGCACCAUCCGUCACACACUCCCGGGGUCAGACACAACUCCCUCUGCACCAUCCCGUCACACACUCCCAGGGUCAGACACAACUCCCUCUACACCAUCCGUCACACACUCCCAGGGUCAGACACAACUUCCUCUACACCAUCCGUCACACACUCCCGGGGUCAGACACAACUCCCUCUACACCAUCCCGUCACACACUCCCGGGGUCAGAUGCAACUCCCUCUGCACCAUCCGUCACACAGCCCCGGGGUCAGACACAACUCCCUCUGCACCAUCCCGUCACACACUCCCGGGGUCAGACACAACUCCCUCUGUACCAUCCCGUCACACACUCCCAGGGUCAGUCACAGAUUGAUACUUCCUCCACACUGUAACAU